AUGACUGCAGUAGAAAAAGAAAUAGAGCAGCCCAGCCAAGCCCCACUCUCCCUCUGUGGUCCCGCCCCCUUUCGGAGUGACAGCCCAGCGAGGCCUCGCUGCUCCCACCGUAGUCCCGCCCCGCCUGCGCGUCAUCGCGUCCAGGCCUCGCCGCGCGCAGCGCACGGCCGCACCCGCCCCGCGGGCCCCGCCCCAACCCCCGCCUCCAGCUUUCGAGCGCCGGCCUCCGGGUCCUGCCGGCUUUUAGGCCCGCCCCCAAAGUCUUGGAGCGCCGCUGCGGCGGGUGAGUUGGCGAGGAGACCUCGGACCCCCUCGCUCUCGGCAGCACAGAGACCCCGAUCCCUGUGGGCUCAGACAGAACCCCUGACUGCCGGCUGCCAGGAGCGGCUGGACGCCUCCAGCGCACUCCGGCCGGCCGCCGCCCUUCCUUCCCGGGUUACCUCCCGGUGCUGGCAAUCCCCGGAAUGGGGAAGUGGGAUCGGGAGGGGCGCCGAGGUUUGGGGGUGUUCACCAACUGUCAAAGAUGAAAGUGUCCUUAUUCAGCUUUGGAUUACUUGUGAGAGUUCUUUCACGCCUUUGGUAGUCAUAGAACUUGCUCAAGAUGUCAAAGAUGAAACCAAAGAAUGGCCUGAAAAACAAGAAUUAUCGCUAAAAAGAAAAGAUGGAGGUGCCCAGCUGUUAUUUAGACCGUUGUUAAAUAAAUAUGAGAAAGAAACACUGGAAAAUCAGAACUUAUAUCUCGUUGGAGCCUCCAAUAUUAGAUUGUUACUGGGGGCAGAAGCAGUGGGAUUAGUAAAAGAAUGCAAUGACAACACCAUGAGAGCCUUCACAUACGGAACCCGACAUAACUUCAAAGGUUUUGAUGAUAACAAUGACGAUUUCCUUACAAUGGCAGAAUGUCAAUUCAUUAUCAAACAUGAACUUGAAAAUCUUAGAGCCAGAGAUGAAAAAAUGAUCCCUGGUUACCCCCAGGCAAAGUUGUAUCCUGGAAAAUCAUUAUUGAGAAGAUUGCUCACGUCUGGCAUCGUGAUUCAGGUGUUUCCGCUACAUGAUAAUGAAGCCCUGAAGAAGCUUGAGGACACGUGGUAUACCCGGUUUACUUUCAAGUUCCAACCCGUAGACAGAAUCCGUGGCUACUUUGGGGAAACGAUCGCUCUCUACUUUGGAUUUUUGGAAUAUUUUACCUUCGCCUUAAUCCCCAUGGCGGUCAUUGGGCUGCCUUACUACUUGUUUGUGUGGGAAGAUUAUGACAAGUAUGUGAUUUUCGCCUCGUUCAACCUAAUCUGGUCCACGGUGAUCCUGGAAGUGUGGAAGCGUGGCUGUGCCAACAUGACCUACAGGUGGGGGACCCUGGCCAUGAAGAGACAGUUUGAGGAGCCCCGGCCGGGAUUUCAUGGGGUCCUGGGGAUCAAUUCCGUCACCGGCAGGGAGGAGCCUCUGUACUCCAGCUACAAGAGACAGUUGCGCAUUUACCUGGUCUCUCUGCCGUUUGUGUGCCUGUGUCUCUACUUCUCUCUGUAUGUCAUGAUGAUUUACUUCGACAUGGAGGCCUGGGCCUUGGCUCUACACGAGGACAGCGGGUCCGAGUGGACCAGUGUCUUGUUGUAUGUACCCAGCAUCAUCUAUGCCGUCGUCAUUGAGAUCAUGAACCGCCUCUAUCGCUAUGCCGCCGAGUUUUUAACUUCAUGGGAGAAUCACAGAUUGGAAUCUGCCUACCAGAAUCAUCUAAUUUUGAAAGUUUUAGUGUUCAACUUUCUGAAUUGCUUCGCCUCACUCUUCUACAUUGCCUUUGUCCUGAUGGAUAUGAAGCUUUUGCGGCAGAGCUUGGCCACUCUCCUGAUUACGUCCCAGAUCCUUAACCAGAUUGUGGAGUCGCUUCUUCCUUAUUGGCUCCAAAGGAAGCACCACCUGCGGGUGAAGAAGAAGGUGCAGGCUUUAAAGGCGGACAUUGAUGCUACAUUAUAUGAACAGGUCGUCCUGGAAAAAGAAAUGGGAACCUAUUUGGGUACCUUCGAUGAUUACUUGGAGUUAUUCCUGCAGUUCGGUUAUGUGAGCCUUUUCUCCUGUGUUUACCCAUUAGCAGCUGCCUUCGCUGUGUUAAACAACUUCACCGAAGUUAAUUCAGAUGCUUUAAAAAUGUGCAGAGUCUUCAAACGUCCAUUCUCAGAACCUUCAGCCAGUAUUGGUGUAUGGCAGUUGGCUUUUGAAACAAUGAGUGUUAUAUCUGUGGUCACUAACUGUGCUCUGAUCGGAAUGUCGCCACAAGUGAAUGCACUCUUUCCAGAGUCAAAAGCGGACCUCAUUUUGAUUGUGGUAGCAGUGGAGCAUGCACUCCUGGCUGUAAAGUUUAUACUUGCAUUUGCCAUACCUGAUAAACCACGGCAUAUCCAGAUGAAACUGGCCAGAUUGGAAUUUGAGUCUUUGGAAGCACUGAAGCAGCAGCAAAUGAAGCUCGUGGCCGAGAACCUGAAGGACGAACCCAGGGAAGAAAGCGGGAAGGAGAAGGCGAGCUGAGCAGAGUCGGGCUCCCAAACCCAGACCCAGCACUCGGCCAAACAAGCAGCUCCCACGUAGCAGGCACCCUCCCACUCCGUGGUGUCCCGGCUCGGGGCCCGUGAGGGGCGCCGGGACCCAGCCCUGGCAGUGCCCCAGCCAAGCCCCACAUUCCACCCGCCUGGCCUUGCUCCAGACAGAGCCGCUGUGCCCCAGCAUCUGGGUGAACCACCAGCUCUCCAUUUGUGCCUCACAGGAUGGUCACACCUGCCCCCGCACGGCCCAGGGACCCAGGUCUGGGUGUCUGCCCACCGUGCCAUCACAGGAGCCAUUCUGAGGGGGCUUCCCACCGAGCCUCAGUGGACAGGGGUACACAGUGAGGCACUGUUGCCAACACCUGACGACUCUAUAAGUACCUCUUUCCUGGUAUUCACAGUAAGUUAACAGACCUGUCAGCAGCAAAAACAGUAAUUGAGCUAUUAAAGGCAAUACGCACCUCUCCGA